AUUUAAAAAUAAAAUGAAAGGAUUUAUAACAUUAGUUUACUUUGCAUCUUUAAUAAUUGCUGUGAUAGCUACAAAUUAUUGCAGCAAAGACAUUUGUAGAGAGGGUGUCACCCAUGUUGCCUGCAAUAAUGAAGGUAAAUUUUCCCCCCGCUGUCCCAAGGAUGCCGAACUUAGAGAAAUAACUAAACCAUUAAAAACCAUGAUUGUCCAGGCUCAUAAUGAGAGACGUAAUACUAUUGCUGCUGGUGGCGGUGGUCUUAAGCCGGCUUGUCGCAUGGCCACAAUGGAAUGGGAUGAUGAAUUAGCGUCUCUGGCUAAACUUAACGUCUUACAAUGUGAAAUGGAACACGAUAAAUGUCACAAUACCGAUAAUUUCAAGCAUUCAGGACAAAAUCUUGCCGAUAUAGGCUUUUUUGAAACUGCCAAUGACACUGAUAGCAUACAACAAUCUAUUGAUUUGUGGUUUAAUGAAAAAAAGAAUGCUAACCAGAAUAUUAUUGAUAAAUUUCCGAAGGAUUAUGCGGGACCAAUGGUAGGUCAUUUCACUGCAAUGGCGUCUGAUCGUAAUAUACGAGUGGGUUGUGCUGCUUCCACUUAUACUGAUGCUGGCAAAGAUUAUAAAGAUUAUUUGUUUGCUUGUAAUUAUGCUGCCACUAAUAUGGCUGAAUUCCCUAUCUAUAAAAGCUGCGAUAAGCCUGCUGCUGAGUGUCAGUCUGGUACUAAUCCAUCUUAUGGAAAUUUGUGUUCCACUUCGGAAACAUAUGAUGUAAACAAAUAUUAUUAGGGAUCUCAUUAUUUGGAUUGUCUAAUAUUUUUUAUUUUAUAAAAAAUU